AUGUUGUACCUUUACACCCGAACAGGCCCGGACACGGGGUCCAACACCGCGCUCGGGGCCGCGGCGCCAUCGCUCGCCGGCUGCUUCCUCGCCGACCCCAAGCCUCUUAAGCCGUGCGCGUUCGUUGAUGAGAUCAAUCCGGUUCGCAUCCCUCGGGAAGUCUCACCGCAGCUGCUGCGCGGGAAGCGUGAACGCGCAGCGCUCCCGACCUCCGACCACUGUGCAGCCUUCUCCCUGGCAGGGACGGGGAUUACGAUGAACACUUUCAAUGGAAGUGUGCUCCUAUCCACCUCAUUUUCUUCCAGCCUGCACGUCUUUCAAAGCCGCCAGACGGGCUCCUGCUUCGCGAGUUUGCGGUGUUUCUUCUUGUCGCAGCGACUGCUCGAGAGCAAGACUGUCGCUACUCAGUUGUCGGCUGCCGUCACUCGUCGGCUGGCGCGCUGCGGCCCGCUGCCUUGCCGGCAGCUAAUCAGGGGCCUUGCUCGCAGGGGUCUCGACACGCGACAGCCGCCAAAAGCAAUGCGCGUGGAGCGAGGCCUGGCGCUGCAGUAUGCCCCGCUGGAGCUGCGAAGCGACUGGGAGGUCGUCAUGUGCGCAGUUUCAAAGAGUGGCACUGCGCUGAUGUGGGCCUCCAACGAGCUCCAGGCAGACAAGGAGGUGGUGCUCAAGGCCGUGCAGGAGAACGGCGGGGCACUGGAGUAUGCCGCACAGGAGCUCCGUGCAGACCGCGACGUGGUCCUCGCGGCAGUCUGCCAGCGAGGCGCCGCUCUCCGCUACGCGGCGGAGGAGCUGCGAGCCGACCGGGACAUCGUUCUUGCUGCAGCCCGCCAGAGCAAGCGCUCCCUGAUGUACGCGGCGGAUGCUUUAAAGAAGAACGCCGACUUCAUCCAAGAGGCUUCCAACCAGAAGCCGCUCCCCCCGACUGUGGCGAGUGAGCUCCCUGCCGGGCGCGUGGAUCCCCUCGGGCCGUACGGGCCAGGGCUGUAG